GAAAUUUAUCAGAAUGUCUCAUUUCAAAUUAUUAAAAAUAUAUUUUAUUAGGUUGAUAAACACGAAGAUUCGAGGAGGAGAAAAAAAGCAGAAAUUGUUGAUCAUUUUAAAAGGCUAUUUCCUGGAGUGUAUGAUCGACUUGUAAAUAUGUGUCAACCCAUUCAUAAACGCUACAACGUUGCCAUCACUAAAGUACUCGGGAGGAAUAUGGAAGCAAUUGUCGUGGAUACUGAACGUACGGGAAGGUCUUGUAUCCAAUAUUUGAAAGAGCAAAUGUUAGAAGCAGAAACAUUUCUUCCAUUGGAUUAUAUUGAUGCCAAACCACUUAAAGAAAGACUCAGAAAUAUUCAACAACCAAAAAAUGUGAAGUUAUUGUACGACGUUCUUCAGUAUGAUCCACCUGCGAUAAAGAGGGCCAUUCUUUAUGCAACUAACAAUGCAUUAGUUUGUGAAACUGCAGAAGAUGCGUGUAAAGUAGCUUACGAAUUAGGCGAUGGAAAACGUUAUGAUGCAGUUGCGCUCGAUGGUACUUAUUAUCAAAAGAAUGGAUUUAUAUCUGGUGGUAGCACGGAUUUAGCAAAAAGAGCAAGGAGAUGGGACGAAAAAGCUCUUCAUAAUCUGAAAUACAGAAAAGAGAAACUGACAGAAGAACUAAAGGAAAUGAUGAAGAAAACUAGAAAAGAAUCUGAUUUAACCACAAUACAAUCUCAGAUCAGGGGAUUGGAAACUCGCUUAAAAUAUUCUAUUACCGAUAAAGAAAAUACAGAAAGAAGAGUAAUUGCUAAUUUAGAAAGAGACAUAGCAGCUUUGGAAAAAGAAAUCGAAACAUUUGAUCCUCGUAUUCAAGAAAUUCAAGAGAGGAUGAAAGAACGAGAAGUAAAAAUUCAGGAAGUAAAAGAAUCCAUGAAUACUGUAGAAGACAGAGUUUUUGCUGAUUUUUGUACUUCCAUCGGAGUUGAAAAUAUCAGACAAUAUGAAGAGAGGGAAUUAAGAGCCACACAAGAAAGGGACAAAAGGAGAUUAGAGUUUGAUAAUCAAAAAAAUAGAAUUAUUAAUCGUUUAGAAUAUGAACGUUCCAAAGAUACUUUAGAGAAUAUGCGCAAGUGGACAAAAACAGUGGAAGAAGAUGAAGAAGAACUUGUUAAAUUGAAAAAAGCUGAAACAACUCAGAUGCAAUUGAUAGACGAAGAAAUGCAGAAUCUAGAAAGGUUAAAAAAUUCAAAAAUCAGUAAAAAGACAGAUGUAGAUGCGAUGGAAGAUGAAAUAACAGAAGUAAGAAAGCGUUUAGCAACCGUUCAGAAAGAAAUAUCUGCUGCCCAAAAAUUAGUCACUGGUUUAGAAACGAGAUUGGAACAAAAGAGGGCAGACAGGCACAGUUUACUACAAGCUUGUAAACUCGAAGACAUUGUUAUUCCUAUGCAACAGGGUACAAUGGAAGAUAUUGAUCACGAAACUCCGAUGCAGACUGACGAUACUGAAUCAACCGAUAUUUCUGGAAGUCAAAGCACUCAAAAAAUAUAUGAACGAGAAGCUAAAAUUAGAAUUGAUUAUAAUGGUCUUUCAGAAGAAUAUAAGGAUUUGGAUUCUCACGAUGAGGUCAAACGUGAAGGAGAUCGUCUAUAUAAAGAAAUCUCUGACAUGCAAUCUCAUUUACACAGAAUUCAAGCUCCUAAUAUGAAAGCAACAGAAAAAUUGGAUGGAGUAAAAGAAAGGUUGAAAGAAACUGAUACAGAGUUUGAAAAUGCUAGAAAAAGAGCCAAAAAAGCUAAACAAGCAUUUGAAAAGGUAAAGAGAGACAGAUACGAUAAAUUUAUGAGGUGUUUCGAUCAUGUCAGCAAUAGGAUAGAUGAAAUAUACAAGGCUUUAACUAAUAAUCAGAGUGCUCAGGCAUUUCUGGGUCCAGAAAAUCCUGAAGAACCUUACUUGGAAGGAAUCAACUAUAAUUGUGUGGCGCCGGGUAAACGAUUUCAGCCAAUGAGUAACCUGUCGGGUGGAGAGAAAACGGUAGCAGCAUUAGCUCUUCUGUUUGCCAUACACAGUUAUCAACCUGCUCCAUUCUUUGUUUUAGAUGAAAUAGAUGCAGCUCUGGAUAAUACUAACAUCGGAAAAGUUGCUCGUUUCAUUCGAGAACAGACAGAGAUAUCUUUUCAGUGCAUAGUUAUAUCCUUAAAAGAGGAAUUUUAUGGUCAUGCUGAUGCUCUAGUUGGUAUUGUUCCUGAUCCAGGAGAGUGUACAAUCAGCAGGGUGAUAACUUUGGAUCUGACUGAAUAUCAAGAAUGAAUGAAUUUUUAAUAUAAAAAUAGGUUCAAGAAAAGCCAUUAUGUUUGGAUGUUUUGAGAUUAAAAUGUUAUCGACUAAAAUUAAACAGUGGCAUGGUUAAAUAGUGAUACUUUAUUGUCACACAAAAAAGAAAAGAAAAAAAACACUGUUCGAUAUCCAUGUUAAUUUUUGGUUAUUGAUAUGUAAUAAUGGAAAGAACAAGUUUGUAAGAGUUGUAAUUGGAAAUGUUUAAAUGUUACAAAAACAUAUUUUAACAUAUAAAUGCAUUAUGGGGAUUCGACUGCAUCCCAUCCAAAUUGCUGGGGAAAAAAUGUAAAGUUGUUAGGAAAAUUUUGUUUGCCGAGUGGUUCUCCCUUUCAGCAAUCGAAAAUAAUUACAUUAUGUAAAUAACAAUAUUUUAAAAAAAAUCCACAUUUGGACUAUUGACAUCAUAAUUUUGCUACAUAAAUCGGGAAUCUAGUUCGUCUGCAGUAUUUUCAUACAGAUGAGUUGUCUUCAAACAUCAGUACAUGUUAAAAGUGUAGUUCAUUUUCCAUAUCAUUGUUCCAGUCAAUAUUAUGUAUUCACAUUCUUUUAGAUUUCCAAAGUUCAUCACAUUUGUAUUUGUCAUUGUAGUUUACUUUUUAUUCAUUGUUUAAUUUGUGAAUUCUAACAAAAAAGUUCCAAUAAAUAUUUAAAUAUUCUUUA